UUUCACCCCGACAGGUUUGCCGUCCAGGAUAUGGUAAUGCGUGUACCGAGAAAUCGGGCAUGGAUAUGUGUUAAAGUCCAGGUGAAAUAAGUCACUCUGCGCAUCACCUUUCCACCAAGCAGCAGCCAACAAUUUUAUUCCGAGAAAAACAAAAACAAAAAUGUAUUUGAACAAUUUUAAUCCGCGGACGCGUUUAGACCCGACGGUUAUUAGAGUUCUGGAACACCACUUCCAAAAUCAGAAAAACCCGUGUGUCGAGGAAAUGACUUUUCUGGCUCAAUCGCUCCAGCUCGAAAACAAAGUGGUGAUCAAUUGGUUCAAGAACCGAAAGCAAAAAGAGAGACGCAAAAUGUUGUACAGUCACAAAACAACAAUCCCAGAAGUGCCAUCAGGUAAAAUGGUCGAAAACAUCCUUCGAUCCUCUGAAAUGCUUUCGAGGCAAUUCAAGAAGAUAAUAAGAAACCCCAACUUAAUGGACGUGUACAAUUCGCCUCUAAACUUAUCGAACGGGGCGAUUUCAAGAAAUGUCAAGCGCUUCUCGAUGGGUAAACCGAACGGUGCCAUCAAACGUUGGACAGUUUUGGUGUUGGGAACCGGAGGACAAAUUCAUCAGAAAUUCAUCAAUCAAAUAAUCAACUACAUCGUCAACGUCGGAGGAGCGGAUAACUUCCGAUUUCUGGUCGAAGAAGAGGCUGGCCAAUCGAAUUGCAUUUCCGUCUACGAUAUUCACCACACGUUCGGAUUCCGCAUUCCAUUUUCACUGACGAUUGUGGUCACGCCCUACUCCGGCGACUCGGAAGAUUCCGGCCAACUUUUCAGGGAUCGGAAAGUGGCUGAAAUGUUUCUCGAUUUCAUAGAAGCCAAGGACGGAAUCCAGGAACUGGACAUGAUCUGCAACGUCACCGUGGAGACUGGCGAAAUCAAACAGCCGUUCUUGUCCAUUUUCGGUAAAGACGUUGAGAAAAACAUCAACAACUGGAAACUGUCGGUCGAUUUCUUGAGCGACAACGGGCCAUGGCAAGCGGUGGUCCAUCACUUCUUCACUGUGCUGGCGACUAUGAAAACCGCCCCGCUGUUAUUAACCAAAAUGGUUUUGCACGAGAGAAAGAAGAUGGAAGAGGUAGUCAACAGGCUGCAGCCGCUCGUGACUGCCGGAUCAUCCAAAAUGCAAGAGAUGAAUAAGGCAAAGCUAACGAUCGCCUAUUGCGACUACCAACUUAAAAUAAUAGAGCAGGAAAUGUAUUCAAAUUACAUGUCAUCUUCAACUGCCUCCGCUAGUUGCACCUGUUCGGAGCUUCACUGCAGAACGGGCCCUGUUGAUAACCAUUCGGUAAUAAAUUUUAGUGGCGAGGGUCCGUGGUUUGAUAACCCAAAUCAUGGCGACCCUCAAAGUUAUUACUUCGACGAAGCCAAGUGGAAUGACAUGAAAUCAAAAGGACAGCAAUUGGUUAAAAUACUACAGAAGGACCUCCUUAAAAACGGCAAUGCCAUCCGGCACCAUUUGAAUUACAUUUGGCGCUGCAUCCAUCGGUUCAACAAGUUUGCUCUUCAUGGCAACUCUUUUUCGAAUCAAAAAGUAUUUGAUCUCCUUCUCGAGGCUGGACAGCACUUGAAGGAACUCAAUUUCUAACAAAAUUGGCGAUUAUAUGUGUUAUUGUUUGCCGUGUUGUUUGGACUGGAGAGUGGUUAAUGGUGUCUGAAAUGUUUGUCAUCUUCAAAAAUAAAGCUCAUUAUUCA